AUGCCUCCAAAGUAUGUUAAGUUCAGCAACAUACAACAAUAUUCCCAAGAAGAAAUUCAAACAGCAAUUUAUAGUAUCAAGCAAGGUAUAUCUGUUCGACAAGCAUCACAUAAUUUUAAUAUUCCAUAUUCCACACUUCAACGUCAUUCAACUAAUGAAGAAGAAAGUUUCGGCUCAGGACGGCAAACAGUAUUCACAGCCGAAGAAGAAAAUCAUUUAUUCCAUGCAAUAACAGUUUUAGAAGAAAUUCUAACAACUGAAACAUUUGUGAAAGAAAUACAUGAAAAAUUACUUUCAUCAGAAUUUAUAAACAAUUUAUGUAGAUCAAUUGUAGAAUCCGAUAUUUUUAUUCAAACAAUUGCAACUUUAGUUGAUAAUAAAUUAAAUGUGUAUGAAACAAAAUUGAGUGUAUUAGAAGAAGAAAACAAACAAUUGAAAUCACACAUUCAUUCAAUACAAGCCAAAGUAAAUGAUAUGGAUCAGUAUUCUAAAAGAAAAGAUGUGAUCAUUACAGGAAUUCCACAGACACCAGAGGAAGAUACAACAAAAUUAGUCAUUAAUUUAGCUAAAGAAAUCGGAUUUGAUUUAAAUGUAAAAGACAUCUAUGCUAGUCACAGAUUACCAUCCAAAUCUCAACCAAAACCAAAUAUCGUCGGCUUUCUUAGAUAUACGGAUAGAACAGAAUUGCUGAAAAGACGACGACAGUUGAAAGAUGUGAAUGGUUAUCAAAAAGUAUAUAUUAAUGAACAUUUGACAAAGCUGAAUUUGGAUCUAUUCCAUCAUGCACGACAGAAUUUACCAAAACAUAAUGUUUACACGCGCUAUUAA